GGAGUUCGAAGGUUGUGCAUCCAUUUCUAAAAGUCUUUUAGUCCCUCCAUCCACUUUGCCUGCGUCCAUCAUGGCAUCCACCGACGAUUUGGUUAUUUCUUCCCUCGUGUACAAUUAUUUGUUAAAAAAAGAUCCUGGAAUUGCUAAAGUAUUUCAAACAAAAACACAUGCGAAUCCAUUACCAAAAGGAUCGCCAGGUAUUGAAGAGAUUUUUAAGCACUACCAAAAGAGUUCUCCGAAAAAAAUAAACGUUAAAGCGACAGGCAAGCCGGCUAAAUCGGAUUCGAGCUCAGAUAGUGAAGAAGAUGAAGCAGAAAAGAAAAAACCAUUAGUUAAUGGAAAAGCUAAAGUACAGACUAACAAUAAACAAGCAGCUGAAUCAUCGUCUGAGGAUUCAAGUUCAGAAGAAGAGGCGCCUAAACCAUCUCCAGUUAAGAAACCUGUAGCUGCUGCUAAAGCUACGCCAGCUAAAGCUGCUCCAAAAAAAGCUGAAUCAAGUUCGUCGGAUGAUAGUUCAGAAGAUGAAAAACCUCAAGCCAAAAAAGUAACGCCAGCAGUUGCUCAGGCUAAAACUGUUGCGAAAAAAGAAUCAAGCUCAGAAGAUGAUUCAUCUUCAGAGGAUGAAAAAGCUAAACCAGCUGUUGCAAAGGCUACUCCUGCUAAAGCCACCCCAGCUAAAGCCGCUCCAGCUAAAAAAGCAGAGUCUUCAAGUGAUGAUUCAUCUUCAGAUGAUGAUAAUGAAUCAAAGACAAAAGCAGUCGCCGCAAAACCAACACCAGCAGCAAAAACUCCAGCGAAAAAAGAAUCGAGUUCUGAUGAAGACAGCAGUGAAGAUGAGGCGCCGGUGAAAACUGUCGCACGUAAACCUGCUGCACAAGUUACACCGAAAGCUACUCCCAAGAAGGAAGAAUCAAGUGAUGACUCUGAUGAUUCCUCAGAAGACGAGAAACCAGCUGCUAAGGCAGCGGUAAGUAAACCAACAACACCAGCGAAGACUCCAGCAAAGAAAGCGUCGUCGAGUGAAGAAAGCAGCAGUGAUGACGAUGAUGAGCCACCGGCAAAGAAAGCAGUACCAGCUAAACCAGUUGCAGCUGUUCAACAAAAGAAAGCUGCUGCAAACAAAAAGGAAGAAUCUGAUAGCAGUGACGACAGCAGUGAGGAAGAAGAAAAAUCCCCGAAAAAACCAGUAGCCAAAGCAACUCCAGCUAAAGCAACCCCGGCGAAAGCUGCUGACUCUUCUAGCGACUCAGAUUCUUCUGAAGAAGAAACUAAACCUGCACCUAAAGCAACAACGCCCGUUGCAAAGAAAGCUGCUAAAUCGUCAAGUGAAGAUUCUGAUAGCUCUGAUGAAGAACCUGCUAAACCAGCAGUAGCAAAACCAACACCUAAGACACCAACACCGGCGAAACAAACUAAACCAGCUGAAUCAUCAAGCGAUGAUUCCUCCUCCGAAGAAGAAAAACCCAAAAAAGCACCUGCUAAAACUCCUGUAGCUAAAACACAAGUUGAAAAGGAAGAGUCUAGUUCCGAAGAAGAGUCUGAUGAAGAAGAAAAACCACAGGCUAAGCUAAAAGUAACUGGCAAAGCUGAGAAAAGAAAACACGAUGAUUCAAAGAACGAACAACAAAAUGGUGUAGCAACGCCAGCCAAGAAAGCUAAUUACAGCAACUUUGUAAAAGCCAGCGGCGAUGCAAGUGCAGAAAAGGACGACGAGGAUGAAGGAUCGAGUAACAACGUUGAAAAACAAAACGGCGGUGGUCGCGGACGGGGCGGGUUCGGUGGCGGUAGAGGCGGCCGAGGCGGAUUCGGUAGAGGUGGAGGUGAUCGCGGUGGUUUCGGUGGCGGUAGAGGUGGCGGCGAUCGCGGCGGAUUUAGAGGCAGAGGUGGCGGAUUCAGAGGCCGAGGAGGUGAUCGCGGUGGCCGUGGGGGUGAUCGUGGUGGCCGAGGGGGUCGCGGCGGCUUUGAUAAUAACAGAAGAUCUUGGGAUAAUAAAGAGGGCGGCGGAUUCAGAAAAUCAUUUGGUGACGGUGAUAGACGCGGCGGUGGCAACUUCCGCGGUGGUCAAAGAAACUCUUUCGGAGGGGAAAAUAAUAAAUCAUUUGACUCUGCGCCAGCGCAAAAUAAAAAAAUAACGUUCGACGAUUAAAUAACUAAUUCAUAAAUAAAUUAUUAAUACUAAAUGUUUAUUUUGUAAUUAUCGAUAAACUCGCAAUUCUCCUCGUUAUUACUAGAAUACAAAAGUUAUUUUGUAUUCAAUGACAUUUAUCUAUAUAUGUUUCGUUAUAUUUUUUUAAUCAAUUUUAUAUGUAUAUUUUUUUUCUCUAUUUUUUUCCCACACACAGAGAGGUGCAAGAGGAUCAUGGGGAGAAAAAGCUAACAUUGAUUUAAAACACACGAGAGGAAAAUCAUUCCGUCAUGAAAAAACUAAAAAGAAACGCGGUAGUUAUCGUGGCGGACAAAUUGACAUGUCUGUAAAUUCAAUCAAGUUUGACGAUUAAACUUGUAGUAAUAUAACUUUAUAUCUAUGACUUUUACCUUUACCGCGAAAAAAAAAAUGAAUA